AUGACGAUGAGCGUCGAACGGUUCAUCGUUUCGUUUUCCGUUUUUCUGUGGAUUCUGCUCAAAUUUCUCUCCAAGUAUUGGGUAAGAUUUCGAAGUUUAAAAACUAAAAGAAUUCUAAAUAUUUCAGAUUGAAGCCGCCGAAGGAUACGUCAUCGGAAAUCGCCGCCGAAUCGACUCGGUCGCAAGAAUAGAAGUGAGCACUUUGAAAAAUAAAAUGAAAAUAAUUGAAUUCAGUGCAUUCUGACCGUUUUGAACGUGUUCGCUUAUGGCCAGUUGAUGCGUUGGUUCGACGACGACAUCGUUAAAGAGAAAGCACUCGAUAGGAGACGAAUGCAGGUGAUAUGGGGGGGAUAA